AUGGCUGUGUUUCUACGCCAGAUAUAUCUUACUAGCUCUCAGACUACACCGCAGCCAUGGACAUGCAGGACCUUCCGCAAUUUCUGCUACACCGCAUCCCUCCAUGCCGGCCAUAGCAAAUGGGCCAACACCAAACAUGUCAAAAGUAGAAAUGACGCAGCAAAGAGCAAGGAGCGACAAGUUAUUAGCCAAGAGCUUAUACAAGCCUCCAAAUUAUAUGGGCCUAAUCCAGGAUCCAAUCCGAAACUCGCAGCUGCGAUUGCCAGUGCCAAACGUAGCGGGAUGUCUAAAGCAACAAUGGAGUUUGCCAUUGCGAAGGGCCAGGGAAAGACCACUUCCGGUGCUCCCCUAGAACCUCUCACUAUUGAAGCUAUGUUUCCUGGUUCCGUAGCUGUGGUAAUUGAAUGCCAGACCGACCAAAAGGGCCGAACCCUUCAAGAGGUCCGACAUAUUAUUAAAGAAUCUGGUGGCACUUUAACUCCUACAACCUUUUUGUUUGAAAAAAAGGGUAAAAUCGUUUUUGAAAAGGACCCUCGCAAGAUAACUGAGGAUGAUUGCCUUGAGAGUGCUAUUGACGCUGGAGCUGUAGACGUGGACACGGAUUCGAAGGGAAGACUGAUAGUGUAUACCGAUCCAGCCAUGACAAAAGCCGUUGGUGAGAAGCUAGCUGCUAGUCUUGGGUUGAAGAUUGAAAGUCUCGACAUUAUCUGGGACCCAAACAGGGACACGAUGGUCAUGCUUUCAAACCAAGAUGCCUUUCAUCAACUAGAGGAGUUUCUAAAUGAACUUCGUGAAGAAUCAACUGUUCAAGAAAUAUACAUGAACUUGAAAAAUAUUUAA